AUGAGAGAAAGAACCAAGCCUGCCAAGUUGAAAUCUCAGACCUCAAGGGGCGUAGCGAAAUGCCGCUCUUUUGUUAAAAUCUUGGUGAAAUGUUGCUCGGCCGUUGGAUGCGCUUCGCGCUGUUUUGCUAAAUCCAAGUUAAAAGGGCUGACAUUUCAUGAGCAUAGCUACAGUGUUAUGGACAGUCCAAAGAAAUUUAUGCAUAAAUUAGAUUCUGUGAAUCAAGCUAGGAAUACCAAGGAAAGGCUACAGAAUGUUUUGGACCAAGAAAUACAUUUUCAGAAAUCCUUGAGGAAGAUAACCAGGGAAGUAAAGAACAAAUGUCUGAUCAGCCAAGAAACUGCCAGAAGACUGGAUGCUUCCUGUUGGGAGUGCCGCCGUGAAAAAGCAGGAGGAGCCUGCGGUUUGCGAAGUAAUUUAUUGUAUGUCCCAUCUGCCAUUGACACCGAUAAUACUUCUCAGAAGAUUCUCACGCACCGACACAAGAUCCCAUCAUCAAUGACAUCACUGCCAGCAGUAGGCAAGCCAAAAACUUGUUGAACAUGUGUUGUGGUUGUGCGUUUGUGUGACCGGUGACAAUUAUAUUUUCCCAGACCUAAACUGGUGCUGGGUCACUACUGGAAGGUAGUUGAAUCUUUAAAAAGUAAAUGUAUCAAAUUGGCCACAUUAAGUUACAGCAAUUAAAAAAGAACAUCAGAUUUCUAACUUUGACUACACUUAACUUGUGUACGCUUUAUAGUAAAUUGUGAUCUUAAUUUUCUAUUUUACUAUGAAGCAGAAUUUGUUUACAACACACAUUCAUCUCGCAUCCACCCCAAUGCACUGUAGUUAUUAGUCAUGCUACAGAGUGUUUUUUUAACAAAGUACUGGAGACCCUGAGAGUAAGAUUUUAGCACAGUGCCUCCCCACAAGGACUAUCUGAUGUAAACCAGCCUCAAACACCAAAGGACAGAGAAGUUUGAUUUCAGGAGAGUCGUUUUGGUACUUCAUGGCUGCUGUUUUCAUCUCUUCAAACCCUUAGCGCUGCUACCAGCUGAAGAAUCGCAAUGCUGACCCCUUAACAACCUUAAAGCAUAGGGAAAGCUGUUUAAGAUGUGUGGGCCUUACAGUGGGAAUAGAAACAGGAGUGAUGGCUGGCAGUGGCAGUUUAGAGAAGUGGCCAUGCAAAAGAGCCAUCUUGGGAUUUCUUCUGAAACACAAAAAAGAGUUUCAGCUAUUUACUGAUUAAGCCAAAUGUCAGAAAUUUUGCUUCUCCUGACUUCUUACAAAAAAUAAAAUUAAGAGUCAUAAAUACUGUACGUUAGAAUAAAAAGUAUUGACCAGAGUCUCACCCCAUAUAUAGCACAGGUCUGUGAAGGAACCUUAUUCCGAGAUCCGUGCAUAAUUAGAAUGUAUCUAGCAAUUCUUUCAUUGUAUUAAUGAAAUAUGUGUUCAUAUUUUAUUUGUUCACUGUAACUUUGUUUCAUCUUAGUAUCAUAAAGAUAUGGUCAGUUGAAGAUUUUUAUAUUUAAGCUAUUGUAUUUUCAUAUGGUCAGUUGAAGAUUUUUGUAUUUAAGCUCUUGUGUUUUCAUGUAGGACUGUAAAUCUUCCCUCUAAAAGAGAUCCCCCCCCCAUUUGCAAGAUAAUUACCAUGCUAAAGGAGUAAAAUUACUGAGAUUCUUUUUUUUACCCUCGUUUUUUUUUAAUUGCCUGCCCGCUACUUAAUUUUGCUGUCAAAUGUAUAAGUCACAGCGGGUACUCGAACCAGAACUGUAGGUAGAGUCUAAAGCCUCAGCCUCUUUGUGAGCAUGCGCAUUACCGCUGACGAAAGGACGGUGGUGGUGAAAGGUGAAGCUGAAGCAGCGUCUCCAACUUCCCCUCCCCUGGCUGCACGCAAUAGAGCAAGCCUGGAAGGCUCUCAAGAGGAAGGUUCCAGAUUCUGAUUCUGCCCCAUUACAGUUGCACGGCCACUUUUGCCGCUUGUGUCACAGUGAACUCUUUGUCCUCUUUCACUGGGUCUAGUAUCACUGAGAAAUUGGUAACUGGAAGAAAUAUCAGUGAGGAGCCAGAGUUUCCCACUUGCUCUUUACUCUCCUAGAGGAAUAGUUACCAAUAGAAAUCAGGCUUAAAAUAUAGGAUCCCACCACCUGCACUUGAAGCAAAUGUCUGAACACAGCCCUACCUCCGUCUCCUUCAGAGACUGCAGCCUAGCUCUUCCAGGGAAAAACUGCUGGAGACAAAGUAAAGCUGCAGGGCUGUGGCAGCGUGCGCCUUUCAUCCCCGGACUCGGGAGGCAAAGGCAGGAGGAUCUCUGUGAGUUCAAGGCCAACCUGGUCUACAAAUCAAGUGUCAGGACAGUAAAGGCUACACAGAGAAAUCCUGUCUGGAAGAAAACAUGAUGAUGAUGAUGAUGAUGAUGACGACAGUGAUGGUGGAUGAUGAUGUAAAGCUAAAUCAUAGCCUAUCCAGAAGUCCUCAGGGAACCAAAGCUGAUCUAAGGUCUGUAGUUUCUAAACAUGGACUGGUCUCUAGACUCUGGAACACACCAUUACCAAAGAAGGGACAAAGGACUUGAUGUGGCAUUUUCCUUUCCAUAUCAAGUCCAAAUUUCUUUUUUUCUUUAAUUUUUAUUUUUAUAUUAAUCACAGGUUAUUUACUUUGUAUCCCAGCCAUAGCCCCCUCCCUCAUUCCCUCCCAAUCCCACCCUCCCUCCUUUAUCUCCUCCCUGCCCCUCUCUAAGUCUACUGAUAGGGGAGGUCCUCCUCCCCUUCCAUCUGACCCUAUCAGGUCUCUUCAGGACUGGCUGCCAUGUCCUCUUCUGUGGCCUAGCAAGGCUGCUCCUCCCUCGGGGGAUGGGGGAAGGGGGGUGUCAA